UUAGUUUUUCAAACUAUAUUUAUUAUUCCUAUGUAGUCUUUCCCUAUUCGUUCAAACUUGUUAAGCCUAUCCUUUGUCUUAUUCGGAAAGAUUGACAAUGUUUGGUAAUUCUACCAGCACGGAAAAUUUCAAUUAGUAUACGUGAAUCUUACAGAUAGAGACGGAAAUUGAGAAGAAAUGUUUUUAAUUGCGAUGAGAAGGUUAUAAGAGAUCGAGUUGAACUUGUUUAUGGUCGCACCAAUGUGCUUGCCCAUUUGAAAUCAUGAGUAAUGAAGACCCCCAAAGCUUUCAGCUGUAAGGCUGCAGGCAUGAAAAUGGCGAUGGCCGAACGAUGGCAAGGCGACGUGACAGCGAAACGGUGGCGAUGCGUACAGCAACAUCGAUAGUAUAGGUGACGGGCACGAAACGAGCGGUGGCGUUUUGUGCCCACGCGAGAUACUUCUCCUCAUUGCGCUGCCCCGCAGUCGCCAUCGCUUGGCCGUCACAAUUUUCGUGCCCGCAGCCUAAUAUAUGCAGAAUCACCUGAAGAAAUUAAUAAUCUUAGCAUAAUUUGUCUUCGAAAUGCCUAAAUAUAUUUCCUCGCUACAAGGAACGUAUUCCACAUAAUCGGUUUCAUAUACCAGAAAAGUCCAGUGUUGUUCAAUAUACCAUAGAGAAAAGCCACAAAAUAAGUGAGGAAUGCCUGAAAUUGAUGGGACCAUUUCAUGAAAACAAGUUUUCAGAUGCUUUGGAAAGUUUCGAUGUAAAAAAAUGUGGAAUUAGAUGUAUGAAAGGUAAUGAAGGUCCAAUCCUAACUGGUGGAGCAGGUAAAAACUAUCAGUCAGGCAUCUAGAUGCAUAUAAAAAUAAUGGUCAUCUCCUGAUGACUCGAACUUGAUUAGGAAACGUGUUUUCAAUAAAACGUUUCAACUCAAAGAAGUAAUUUAAGUAUCCAGAAUUCAGAUUUACAUUGUUGUCUGCAAAAAUUUCAAAUAUGUUAUUGGAGAUUCAUUAAAAUACUAUUCAGAUUUCCUUGAGUACAGACACUUGAAAUCGAAAAAAUAGAAAUCAAUAACUCGCUGAUUAUGAAACAAUUUUUUAUAGACAUUUCAAAAGGCAAAGUACACCUUAUAUUUCGCUGGAUAUUAUAGAACUGAGCACAACAAAACAAAUUACAGAUUUCCUGUGAUAAUUCAGUAAUAUAUUUCUUUUUCUGGCAUUGUUUCUUUUUCCAAAUGUUCUCUUCUAAGGACAUCCUCAACCUGAUUGUAUGUAUCAAAUUAUAUUACCUGAAUAAAUUAAUAUUUUUUAGUGGGAAGUCAUAGUCCUAUAGAUGAAGAAGUAAUCUUAAAACAAAUUAAAGAGGAGACACUUUUGAUAGUUGACAGUCCAGAGGAGCAACCAAUUGAUAUAUUGGAAAAUGUAGAACAAACCAAUCAUAACUUGGUUAGCCCUAUAGAUAGUACCAGUAAUGUCAACUCAACAUACCACUCUAACUGCAACUCACAGUUUAUGUGGCAGAUGUUUGAAAUUCCUUGGAACCAGUUGCCACGGCAGAUGAUAGAAUCAUGCGAAAGGGGUGAAAGGGAGAAAAACGUCAUUAAUUUUAUCGUACAUAUGGUAGUGAACAAAAUGAGAGAAAUAAAAUUGGUCAUUCCUUCGUCCGCAAUAAAGAUAGUAACAAAAAAAAUUGUCGACAGAUUUCCUGAUACAUUCCGAGACUUAGAUGAAGACGGCGUUGUAAUAGGCGAUGGCACUCAUUCUGUUUUUAGAAAAAUCCAGGAUCGUAACAAUUAUUUGAACAGGCCUCAUAAAAGAAAAUCCAAACAAUCUUUUGACAUCGUUGUCAACAACAAGAAAACAGAAAUGUCCAGAAGAGCAGGUUGCACCAACUGGGAUCCUCCAGUAAAUGAGCCGACGGGGUCAUAUAUGAGUCAAAUAACUGAAAAUGAUGAACACUUGGAGGAAAAACUACAAAAAUGUUUUCCAGAGCAGAGGAGAUUUUUAAAUAAAAACCCUUCAUUAGCAGCAAUAAAAAAAGAAUGUCCUGUCUUGCUUACCAGAGUUGGUGCGACAUUUCAUUUUUAUAAGCUCACGAAUUCUGACAUGGCCAAUUUGGAACCAGCAGUAGCAAUGAAAUUCGAUAAGUUUCUCAAGUUGAAUGGAUUCGAAAAUGUGAUACAUAAAGAAUCAAAAUUGUUGACUAUCAUAGAGAUUGUCGCCAGAUAUUUCAAAGAAGAUUUGAAUCUGAUUUACGCAGAACCAAAUAAUAUUUUGGUUCCUACUGAAAUAGAAUCACAUCCUCAAAUUAUAAGAACCGGCAAUACAUUGUAUACAUACCUGGUAUACUACGAAAAAACUCCUGUUAACCCAAAUGGAUUCUCAACAUUCGAAGAGGCUUUCCAACUGGCAUUUGCAAUAUAUUUCAACUUCAAUUUGAAGUAUCCUGCCAAUAUUUCUCUGACAAUGGAAUUCAUCCAGAGAUACUUUUUUAAAAUACACCCCGAUUCUGGUUCUAAAGCCAACAAACCUUCCUUUUCCAGGGUUGUAAAUCUUAUGAAUAAACUGAGAAGAAUGAAAACGGGGCCGGAUUAAUUUUUUAAAUUUAUUUCUGUUCAGUAGGCAGAAUGUUUGUUAUUCAAUAUUAUUAUUAUGAAUUUAUCAGCAUCAAAGUAUCUACUAGAAUUCAUUUUUGAACAGAAAAAUAUUAAUGUUUAUAUACAAGUGAAUACUCACGGAAUGGGGUUGUGUCAAAAACAUAAGUGGGGUCACCUGUUCACCAGAUGUUCAUUCACUCAGUCUUGACUGCAAAAAAUCUGAUUGUACUACAGAUUGAUGUAAUAAAAGCACACAUCAACAAAUUGUGACACAUAUCUGUAAUGCUUUGGAAAUUAUUUGAAUAAUUCGUGCUUUUUAUAUGAUAUGUAAUGGAAUCGACCGAUAUUUGAUGAAAAUCAAAGCAUGUCUAUACAGUAUAAACACCCCUGAAGCACCUAUUGGAUAACGAAACACGUUUUG